AUGUCUAAUUCCAAGAGACGGCGAAUCGGUGGGGGAGCCACACCCAUAGACACGUUGUCUAGCCCGAUGUCGUCUCCAGUUGCUAAGACCGGGACCAAUUAUACCAAUGCAUACUAUCCUCCGCACCACACCGGUUCAAACAGAGGUUCCGAUGGGAUAAGAAGAGAUGCUAAAAUUGUGGAUAGGAUUAAUAAUGAAGAACUAGAUCUAAUACCUACGAAAGUACCCAAUGCUACUACACUUCCACUGCGGAGAGAUUUGGUGGACCCUGCUCCAAGUAGCGAUUUAGAACCGAUAGACGGCACACCGCCAAUGAAACGAAUAUACAAUAGCAAUAGGAAAAAGAAUAACGGAUUGCUACAAUUGUCUUCUCCAUCAAGUAUGACCUCAAUAAAUCCAAUUGUGCCACGAAGUAGUUUCCGCAACAAUAACGUCAUUAUAAAAAACAGUGUCAAAUAUCUCAUGUCGGGAGCACUCAACGUUUUAAACUUGAACAAUUCAAUAGUAAGCUAUGAAAAGAUACUCUGCCGUUUUAUUGGUGAUAGAACGGGCUGCAGACUGGACUUUUCAAACACUGGCAUUUCAUUAUUCAACCCUUUGGAUUUGGAGCAAGAUUGCAAAACGGUUCUCUUUGAUGCAAAAUUCUCGUGCUUUGCAAUCGUCUUAAAAGAUAUUCAUCUCUUCAAAUCAGGCUUAACCCUGCGCUCAAGUGCAGGAACAACACAGGAUAGAUUUAUUGCCCUAAUGUGGUUCAAUCAAGGAGGGUUGGCAGAAAAGAGAUUAAAAGACAUGUACGACAUUCUUCACCACAGUUUUCGGAAGGACAAAGUGAAAAGACUGUCUGAUUUUGAGGUGGUCAUGCGACAAAUGAAAGAGUCAUACAGUAACUGGAAAGACUCAACUGCAAGAACAAGUACAUUGUCAAUUUGGAAGGAAAACCGAAUCGGGACUCGUUCAGACUUCCUUGACAAAGAUUUGAAAUCGCUAUCAACAAUUAGACGCCACACUGGAAUUACAAAGUCUGGCAAAAAAAUUCCCUUACCCAAUAAUGAUACGAAGAUGAAUGAGGUUGGAACAAUAUCCGCGUCAAACUUCUACAGAGAUCACUCGACUAAACCUCGACCCCUAAACCCAUCAGAAGAUAACAGCACUGCAUCAGGUCCUCUCUUGAGGCGAUCUGCAAGAAAUGAGAGGGCGAGCAAAUCUGAUGACAAAUACGUAUCCAUAAACUCGUCUGAAAACAAUUUCGAAACACCAGAAGAGUUUAAGCCCAGUUUGAAUUACGAAUUUGAUGACAAUAGAAAGUACACCAUUACUAACCAAGAUUUCAAAUGUUUAUACAACAAUGACUGGGUUAAUGACAGUAUAAUUGAUUUUUUCAUAAAGUACUAUAUGGAGGAGUCCAUUGUUCGAGGAGUUGUUAUAAGAAAUGAAGUUCUGGCCUUGUCUUCAUUUUUUUAUACAAAGCUAAUCAGCGAUUCCAAUUCAUAUUAUGAAAACGUCAAAAAGUGGGUUCAGAAUGAAGAUCUGGCCACGAAAAAGUAUAUCGUUAUCCCUAUCAACAUCAACUUUCAUUGGUUUGGAUGCAUUAUCUCCAAUCUAGAUACGUUUUUCAAAGUCAUGAACGAAAAGAACGAACGUUCUUCUAGAUCAGAUGAGCCAUCUCGGAAAUGUGACACUGAGGCGGAACUUGGAGUUAAAAAAGCCAUUAAUCCAGUGAACGGGCAGGCUACUGAAGCACUGGUCUCUUCUGAUCCGCCAAGUACCAGCGAUGCUACUGACACACCCUCUCAUAAAGAUACUGAUGAUUUAUCGAUCGGAACACCAAUUAUCACAGUUUUAACGUUUGAUUCACUUCGUGCUAGCCACUCUAGAGAAGUCGACCCCAUAAGGGAAUUCCUAAUAGGUUACGCCAAAGAUAAAUAUGGAAUGAUCAUUGAUAGAGCAUGGAUCAAGAUGAAAAACUGUUUGGUGCCGCAACAGCCAAAUAUGAGUGACUGUGGAGUGCAUGUCAUAAUGACUGUGAAGAGAUUCUUCAAAAACCCAGAGGAAACGAUUCGUGUAUGGAAAGGGGCUAAACAAAGAAAUAGAAGCUCCAACAAGAGAGUCAAUGAGUAUUUCGAAAAGAGUAAAAGGGACAAGGCUAGGAAGAAACUGAGAUUUGUUCUCAAGGCUUUACAGCAAAUCCAGAUUGAUAAGAAUGGGGGGAAAGUUGAUGAUCCUUACAAUUCCGCAGCAGACGUAGAGUACGACAGCGAAGAUUUUGAAAUUAUUGAAAACAUGCCCAAUCCUCAAGAAGAGCGUCAGCAGCCGGUAAGGGGCGAUACUGAACAUGAACUAAAUGUUGGGGAUGCUUCACCAACAGAGAAUUCAAGUAAGUUGCGGCACUGUCAAAAUGAUAUAUCCUCUGACUAUCGGAGCUCUUCGCCGCCAAGUAGUCCCGAUUCAAACAGAAACACUAAUUCCGCACGGGAACCCAUUUCCAUGAACGAGCGAGUUUUACCACCAGAGCUCCCCCCUCCAUAUUUAGGUUAUAGGGAAGUAAAAUCUUCUCCGGAACAAAACAACCAAAUGGACUUGAGCGAGAGAAGCUAUAUAGAAAGUUCCCCAUUGAAGCAUAAACAGACAAAGGGUGAUUUUUCCACGAACCACGAGGGUGGGACCAACACAGUCUCGCCCUUCUUUCAUUCUCGAUUGGUUAAACCAACUCCACAUUUACCAAUAGUAUCUCCCAACUUGAAAUCAAAUUUUCCAAACGUAUCACGCGCGACAAACGGACCAUCAUCAGAUGCAUUUGACGGGAGCACAGAUCUCGUAUCUCAUGAUGUAUCCCGAAAUAUUGUAAUUUCUGAUGGUGAGGAUGACGAUGGCGACGUCAAUUUAGUUGGUGAAACUACUAGCACAAGGGGUGAAAGUGUACCGAUUGAUAUCGAUCACAGUCUUCCAAUUGCGACUGAUCGGGUUGCAGAAAUUCAAAAGGAUAUGGACAGAGAGUUAAAUACGAGCUUGUCAUCCGAAACAUUUGAUACUCAUCAGAAAGAUCUUACUGACACCAAUACAUUUGACGAACCCGAAAGGAACGAGAGUCUUAAUAUCCCUCAAACACAAAGCAGCCUCCCAAUAUCGCUAUCCGAUGACGAAUGA